AUGAAAAAGCAAACGAAAGGAGAGCCUGAUCUUUUGAUUGAGUCGAUGCAGAAACUCAUAGAUCAUAUGAACGAUAGUAAGCAACAUCAAGAGGAGAUAUUUCAAUCCCUUACCCCUACAGAUGUUCAAAAAAUACUAACCAAUUUUGAGGAUAAAAACUAAUUAAUGAGGAAGACUUCAGCAGCCUUUUUAUGUGAACUUGUUUUUGACAAUCCCACAGUGCAAAAAGGAUUUUGCGAGAUUUCAAACAUUCUGCCAAUGGAUGGCAAAAUUUGUGUAAACAAAAUCCCAUAAUCAUUGUUGAGUCAAGCCAAACAUUUGCCAGAGAUCUUCGAGACAAUUAAGAGUGCUUAGAUCCCAUUUGAUAACGAAUUAAAUUAUCCUUUGUGUUGGUAUUUUGAAAAUUAGAGAGACAAGGUGUGGAAGAAAGGUGUAAAAUUCAUCAAGUUUGAAAAAAGCAGCAAUGGUGCAAAGACAAGAAUUGAGAAGUUCAUCGAUCCAUAGUUACACCUCUUUGGUUUCAUAAUUGCAAACAAAAAGGAAAUCUAAUCUCAAGAUGAAAUAAAGAAAGCCACAGUUUAGACUAGACAAUAGUAGAGUGUUUCAACUUAUGAAUCAAAUGUGAAGCGAAUUCCCAAUGUUUAGAAGAUGAGACCUAACUCAGGACAAUCCCCAAUCCAAUCAGUUAGUCCUCUCAUUAAAAGACAGAGAGGAAUGAAUGCCUCGGUGGAUUAUGAUACAAGUGGAACUAAAUCAUCUCUUGGGAAAACAAUGAUAGAAACAGAAUAAUUAUAGACAAUCAAUGAGAUUGAUAGACCUAAAUCGAAAUUGGAUUCUAAGAAGAGUACAACUAACAAUAAUAUUUCAAAUAUCUAGAAGAGAUUUAAAUGA